CGCAACAUUCCGCGAGCAAUAGCUCACCGAUUUUCUGCCCUACCACUUCUCAGCAGGUGAUGGCAUCCCUGCUCACAGGUGAUGUCCGCGCUGUGCGUCAAGUGGUCACUUUCUCCACUGAACACCUGUUGCCUGUCCCCUAUUGUCGCUCACCUGUCGUCUACAUCUAGGCAAAUGCGCUGUUUGAGGGGGCGAAUUGACAGGACUAAUGGACACCAGAAACUAUUUCAGUGAAACUAUUUAGAUUUUAAUUUUCUUCGCUUGUUCCGGCGAUAAUACCUUGAGGCACGCUCUUUUUGACUGUGCAGCCAGCCGUAGCACAACUGAGCGUUUGCCUGCUCCGAACGCGCUGUGUAUCCAAGCAACUAAACUUUUGCAAACGAAGGAUUUAUUUUUUGGCUCGCUGUUGAAGCGUGUCGCGCAUUUGAUAAGAACGCUUUUCGAUCGGCUUCUCGUCACAGAAAAUAGUGUUGGGCUCCAGACCGUCCAUACGGAAUUCACCACUGCUGGACAUGGCAGAAUCCUUUAUACCCGGACCAAUGUAUUUUUUUGACCAGCAAACGAGUAGACAACGGCGUGCACGGACAAGGAAAUCUGACAAAUCACGUAAGAAUGGCUUAAUCAACCCGCAACUGGAGUCAAAUAAAAAGGGAAACAGCACGCUUGCGAAGUCGGUUUCAGAUGGUGAAUCCGCCGGGGAUGACGAUCUGUCUGGAGAAAGCGCUGGGAAAAGCGAAAAGAAGGGAAGAAGCGAUGCUUUGCUGGAGACGAAUGACCAUGGCAACAGCAAUGAUGACGAGAGAUGUGCUGAAGCUCAACCCGCUGCCCUGCAGGAGGAGAUGUGUGGAGAGAUAAGCCUUUUGGAAGAGUACCGACAAGCAGCUCCACAGCUGCUCCUGGAACUGGAGCAACUGCUCCGGCUGUGCGAGGGGCGCGAGGAAGGUUUCUUUCCUCGAGGGCUCGGGAACGUGCUGAAUUACACCUGGCGCGAGCUGACUGAUGGAGCCGUUUAUUUUAUUAAACGGCAAAUGCAGCCCUCCCUACACAAAAUAAUAAAACAUCGCAAACCGAAGGGCUCAGUCACUUCUGAUAGACUGUCUGUGGAUACCCUUCGAGAGAAGACUAUAAAUGCAAAGAAGAAAUUUAGAAAGAAAACCAAUGUGGAAGAAAAGUUACCCCAAGAAUCCACUAACUUGCGAAAUAAAUCGACUGUGCCCAAUGGACAUAAACCUCUUGUGUCCCAUUUGCCCACGACCAUCAGCUUUUCCAUCUCAUCGGAGGUCUGCCAUGAGCAAGGCUGGGUCGUGCAGUCGGAGGACCUGCCCCUGCCAGGUGACCCUCAGUGGACGGCUGUGUGUCGCUGGGCGGUGGAGAGGCUGCGGCUGGCUCAGAUCCCCAUAAAAGAGCAGGAGGCCGAGCUGGCCGAGCGGGGGUUCACCCACCCGCUACUCCUCCGCCAUUACGGAGACGGUAAGAGGGACUGCGCGGGCGGGCGGCGGCGAGGGGGCGUGGCCUGUCCCUUCCCCUCGCACCGCGGGCCUUCGGUCCCCGAGCCCCGGCAGGAGGAGCCGGCCCCGCAGAAGCUGCACUACAGAAUCAACGACGGCACGUCCUUCCUGUAGUAUCCUUGCUUCCUGUGGUGUCCUUCCUGCUCAGAACCUCGCCGGCCAAUAAGGCUGCAGUUGCUCCAGUUUUCAUGCUGUUGCCAUGGGUGCAAACUGAGCUGGGUCACCUAAUUGUUUGAAAUACAUUAACCCUUUAGAAGUCAGUGAAAUCCAUGCAGAUGGUCCAGUAAUGCUCCAGUUCACAUCCCUGUCUGUACUGCAGUAAUGUUACAGAUCACAUCCCUGUCUGUACUGCAGUAAUGCUCCAGUUCACAUCCCUGUCUGUACUGCAGUAAUGCUCCAGUCCACAUCCCUGUCUGUACUGCAGUAAUGCUCCAGUCCACAUCCCUGUCUGUACUGCACUAAUGGUACAGAUCACAUCCCUGUCUGUAAUGCAGUAAUGCUCCAGUUC